CUCUAAGUGCCACAUACGCAUCUGUUCAUAUUUAAAUAAGACAAAGUGUUAAAGCACUAAAAGAAUAGCUGAAUAGCUAUAGAAAAGAACACAAAGCAAUAUCCGAGUUGCCUGUGUUUGCACACUUGCUAAGAAAAAGCUAGCUCUAACAAAUCCACAAUUCCCCAUUGUUGACUUGUCCAAACAAAAGUAUUUUCGGCAGUAAUCUGCCAAGUUGUCACAAGAGUAUCCUACUGAGCCACGUGCGGCAUAUGCCGGUUGAGAGCACACACACAUUCUGAAAAUGGGUCGAAAUAAUUGUAGGUGAUGCGUAUAAAUACGCCAAUUAAAAUCAUAGAAGGUACAGUACUUGAGUACAGUGUUCAACGAACGGAGCUAAAGAUGCGAUUCCAAUUCAUUCUGGCCUUUGGUCUGGUCGUCCUCGUCGCUUAUGGUGGCACCUCAGGCACCACAGGAACCACAGGCACCGAUUCCACGAGUACCACGGGCACCACAGGCACCGAUUCCACGAGUACCACGGGCACCACCGGCACCACGGGCACCACCGGCACCACAGGCACCACCGGCACUACAGGCACGACCAGCACCACUGGCACCACUGGCACUACGGGCACCACGAGCACCACAGGCACCACCGGCACUCCCAGCUCGUCCACCACCAGCUCUAGCACCCCCAGCACUUCAUCCUCGACCAGUCCUUCUUCUUCCACAACUUCCACUUCCCCAUCGACCACCUCCCCCUCUUCCAGUGACUCCUCCUCCUCCGGCUCCAGCAGCAACUCCUCGUCGGCCAAGCAGAAGCGCAAGGAGAGACGUCGCCGCCAGAAGCGUCGUGAGAGGCGUGAGAGACGCCAGGAGAGACGCCAGGAGAGGCGCCAGGAGAGGCGCCGGCAAAACCGCCGGGGCUAA